UGCAAGGUAACGGAAUUUCUUUACGCUCUUACUCGCUAGAGUCUAUGGCCUCAUCGAUAGAUCCAGGGUCGGAUACACAUGGGAAACCAGCUGAGACGGUAACUGCCAUCCCGUGCGAUAUUUUGGAACUUGACCCAGAGGAAAGGAAGGUUUUGAAGCAACAAGCAUGCGACCACAAGACUGCCGGGAACGAGCUAUUUAAAGCAAAGGAGUUUGAAGACGCAAUUCGAAGGUAUGAGGAAGCCUUGGCCAUCUGCCCUGAGGACGAGAAUGAGGAUCGAGCGGUCUUUUAUUCGAAUAUUGCGGCAUGCCACAUGCAACUGAAAGAGUAUGAAAAAGCAGUAGAACAAUGCACACAAGCGUUGAAAUGCAACCAGAACUACGUCAGAGCGCUGUCACGACGAGCUAAGGCGAACGAAUGCAUCGGUUCAUGGUCGUCAUUGAGCGACGCAUUGCGAGACUACAGGGCGGUUCUGAAACUAUCACCUGGCGAUGAACAAGCACAGAAAGCGGUGAACAUACUACCCAAACGGAUAGAAGAGCAGCAAGAAAAAGAAAAAGCCGAAAUGAUAGGUAAACUGAAGAACCUUGGUAACAGCUUCCUUGGUAAUUUCGGACUUUCGUUGGACAACUUUGCAAUGGAUCGAGAUCCGGUCACUGGUGGAUAUAGUGUAAAUAUGACCAAAUAAACCGGUCUCUCUUUACUAGUACAACUGGCACCGCACUUGUUCACCGUCACCCUGUCCUGGACACUAUGUGUGAUGUGUAGAA